AAGAGAUAAAAUAUUCAAGACUGGAGGAAGACAUUUGUGUUUUCAAAUCUUUAUUCUUAAUAUAAAACAAGUAAUGAAUUAAAAACUGUUUGAAUAUAAACUCUCGUUUUUAGUUAAAAGUGAAAUCAUGGCUGUCCCAGGUAAGAAAGCCACCAAACAAUUUUCAACUUCAACAAUAUAUAUGGGUUCUGAUGAAGAUCUCAAAGUUUACUGUCAGCCAUGUGAUCGUGAUGGACCUAGACUUCCUGCCCAUGGCUAUUGCACAAACUGUGCAGAGCAUUUGUGUGAAACAUGCUUUACCCACCACAGGAGACACACAUUGUCAAGACACCAUAUCUUACUAGACAAAACCAACAUGCCUCAGACGCUGUCACAUGCAACACCAAGACAACCAGAUAUCUUCACAAAACCAUGUCUAAACACAAUAUUGAGAUGAUCAAGUUUUACUGCCAUGAUCAUAAGGCUCUACUUUGUAGUGUUUGUGUUACACUGGAGCAUACAGUAACAUCUUGCAAAGUCAACUAUAUACCUGACAUUUCAGGCCAAAUCAUCAAUAGCAAAGAAUGUCAAGAUGUAUUGAAGGAUUUGAACGACAUGACUGAGAGAUCAAGCAAAAUACUUCAAGACAUGAAGAAAAUGAAUAAGUUAUCGAACAAGUCUUUGACAGAAGCAUUGACAGGCAUAUUGAAAUUCCGAAAAGAAAUUAACCAAAGACUAAAUGAAAUGGAAAGACAAGUCAAAAAGGCUGCAAAAGUCAUCCGUGAGAACAAUAGCAAGAAUCUGAAGACUGUAGAAACAACAUGUGGAGAUGUAUUUAAAUCAUUAAAGUCAUCCUCUGAUAUCAUUAAACAUCUCAACACUUCCAAACAUGCUAAUGAUUUGUUCAUGGAACUAAAACAUGCAGAACAGAUGAUAAAAGAAUAUGAACAGAGUGUUUCUAAGCUCUCAGAAUUUGAAGUCAAAGAAUAUAAUUUUGAACCAAAUGUGGUAAUAUCAAAUCUUCUUGCAAAAGAGAAGUCACUGGGGAACACUGAAAGAUAGGAUAUUAUCUCCUGUUUUGAGGUCCAGACAAUGUUCACAAAUGGAUA